GGGGCUGGCAAAGUCAAUCAAUCUGGCCAUGUGGUGAUUGACAAGAAGAAUGGCGAUUGCAGUUCCCGACUAUUUUGACUUCCCUGCUGAGGAGGACAAGAUUCUGCGGCUGUGGAAAGAAUUGGAUGCUUUUGCCACGUCUCUCCGACAGUCUAAAGAUAGGCCACGAUACACCUUCUACGAUGGUCCACCCUUUGCUACUGGACUACCUCACUAUGGUCACAUUCUAGCAGGCACCAUUAAGGAUGUAGUGACCAGGUAUGCUCAUCAGAGUGGCUUCCAUGUGGAGCGUAGGUUUGGUUGGGAUUGUCAUGGCCUACCUGUCGAAUAUGAGAUAGACAAGAGCAUUGGGAUCAAGGGUCCUGAUGAUGUCAAGGCAAUGGGAGUGGCUGCCUACAAUGCAGAGUGUCGCAAGAUCGUCAUGCGUUAUUCUGGUGAAUGGGAGGAGAUCGUGACACGAAUGGGACGCUGGAUAGACUUUAGACACGACUACAAGACCUUGUACCCUUGGUUCAUGGAGAGUGUAUGGUGGGUAUUCCGGCAGAUGUAUGACAAAGGUCUCGUAUAUCGUGGGUUCAAGGUGAUGCCAUUCUCGACAGGCUGCCACACCCCCUUGUCCAACUUUGAGGCGGGUCAGAACUACAAGGAAGUGCAAGACCCAGCAGUUAUUGUGAGCUUUCCAUUGGAUGAUGAGCCGAGUGUGAGUGUGAUAGCGUGGACCACCACCCCUUGGACGUUGCCUAGCAAUCUGGCCCUCUGUGUCCAUCCAGAGUUCAACUAUGUCAAAGUCAAAGAGGGUGUGAGUGGGCGUGUGUAUAUACUAUUGGAGGAGCGACUUGGUGCACUGUUCAAGUCAGUGGAAGAAUACACUCCACUAGACAAGAUGAAGGGAAAGCAACUGUGUGGUAGGAAAUACAAGCCACUCUUCCUGUACUUCCAGGAGUUAAAGUCCACUGAACCAGGACAAGGAGCCUUUAGGAUAGUGAGUGACACGUACGUGACCUCUGAGAGUGGUACUGGAGUAGUUCAUCAAGCACCAGGUUUUGGAGAGGAUGAUUUCAGAGUAUGUCUGACUCAUGGCAUAGUCAAGAAGGGUGAGGGGGUGGUGUGCCCAGUGGAUGCAUCAGGAAGGUUCACUGAAGACGUGGCUGACUUCAAGGGCCAGUAUGUCAAGGAUGCUGACAAGCUCAUAAUCAAGAGGUUAAAGGACGAAGGUCGUCUGGUUCAUCACAGCACAUACUCUCACUCCUACCCGUUCUGUUGGCGCUCUGAGACACCACUGAUAUACAAGGCAGUCCCAUCGUGGUUUGUGCGUGUGGAGGUGCUAGUGGAGAAGCUAUUAGCCAACAACAAGCAAUGCUAUUGGGUGCCAGAGUUUGUGAAGGAGAAGAGGUUUCACAACUGGUUGAAAGAUGCUCGUGAUUGGGCCAUCUCUAGGAACAGGUAUUGGGGUACACCAAUGCCACUCUGGGUGUCUGAAGACUAUUCAGAGGUGGUGUGUGUGGGGUCUAUAGAGGAGCUGGCACAAUUGUCUGGAGUGACAGUCACUGAUCUGCACAGGGAAAAUGUUGAUGACAUCACUAUCCCGUCUCUCCAUGGCAACGGUGUAUUGCGUAGAGUCAGUGAAGUGUUUGAUUGUUGGUUUGAGAGUGGAAGCAUGCCGUACGCACAGAGUCACUAUCCCUUUGAGAACAAGAAGGUAUUUGAGGGGGCGUUCCCGGCAGACUUCAUAGCAGAGGGCAUUGACCAAACGAGGGGGUGGUUCUAUACUCUGUUGGUAGUCUCUACUGCUCUCUUCAACAAACCACCCUACAAGAACCUCAUAGUCAAUGGCCUAGUGUUAGCAAGUGAUGGACAGAAGAUGAGUAAGAGACUCAAGAAUUAUCCGGACCCAAUGGCUAUUGUCAGGAAGUUUGGAGCUGAUGCUUUGCGUCUGUAUCUCAUCAACUCUCCCGUGGUGCGUGCAGAGACACUCAAGUUCAAGGAAGCUGGUGUCAAGGACGUGGUCAAAGAUGUCUUCCUGCCAUGGUUCAAUGCUUAUCGCUUCCUCAUGCAAAAUAUUGCCACCCUCAAGUCCGAGACGACAGGAGUGAGCUUUGUGUGUGAUGAAGCGUUCAGUCCGACCAAUGUGAUGGAUCGCUGGAUACUGAGCACCAUUCAGUCAUUGCUCACCUUUGUACGACAAGAGAUGACCAAGUACAGACUGUACACAGUCGUCCCUCGGCUGGUUAGGUUCAUAGGUCAACUCACCAACUGGUAUGUGCGUCUCAACAGGAGGAGGAUAAAGACUGGGACCAUGCAAGCUCUACAGUGUCUCUACUGUGUACUCUAUUCCAUGGUCCGACUGAUGGCACCCUUCACACCGUUCCUCACAGAGCACAUGUACCAAACACUCCGCCCACUCAUGCCAUGGACACUCGCUGAGGACAACGCUAGUCUACACUAUCUACUACAGCAGAAACCACGGCCUGACCUUAUUGACCUGGACAUAGAGAGAGCGGUGGCGGGAAUGCAGUCAGUGGUAGAGUUGGGACGAUAUAUAAGAGAUAUCAAAGUCCUACCAGUCAAGUUCCCUCUUCCGGAGGUGGUGGUGAUUCACAGAGACUCGUCAGCUCUGGAUGACCUCCGACCUCUAGAGAGCUAUAUACUAGAGGAGCUGAAUGUUCGUGCUAUGGUAUUAGCAGCAGAGGACAGUCAGUAUGGCAUACAACUCAAGGGGGACCCCGAUAGUGAGAGACUGGGGAAGAGAUUAAAGGGAGACUUGAAGAGAGUAGCCCCUGCAAUCAAAGCAUUGUCUAGUCAGCAACUAUAUCAGUUCCAAGCUAAAGGAGAGGUCAUUGUGGAAGGUCAUACACUGACAACACAGGACAUCAAGAUAACGUACAGUGUUGACCCCUCGUUGACCUCACGCUAUAGUGCACAUGCUCAAGGAGAGCUAUUAGUGUUACUAGACAUCACACCAUCUCCUCAUAUGAUCAGUGAGGGAAUAGCUAGAGAAGUCAUCAACAAAAUACAAAAACUUAGGAAAAAGGGUGGUCUGCGUGUGUCUGACUGUGUGGUGGUGUGGUGGGAGGGGCGUGGCACUCAGGAGGUUGUGGAGAUACUCGCUGACGUCAUAGCAACGCAUCUGGAUGACAUAGAGUCCACCACUAAAGGUCCUGUAAGGUCAAAGUCCACUGGUAGUCUUGGCAACGUCCUAGUGGAGGAAGAACAGAAGAUCAAAGGAUUGGAGGGUGCCUCUAUUUGCAUGUGGAUCACAGCAGAGAAGACCUCUAACAAAGGCCCCUGUUGUCCCUAUAUAAACCUGGCGAUGGUUCCUGGCUCUCGAUUGGUCGGAGGUGAUUUCAGAGCCACUCUGCUACUGGAGAAUCCACUAGGACAAAACACACUCACCUAUACCCAGCUACAAGCUGAGGCCACAACACUAAUGAAGGUGGAUGUGAGUCAUCCUCUGAGCUUCUACACACUCAACAAGGAGCAGCGAUUGGUCAGUGUAGUGUCACAUGACCUAACCUCUCUAGCUGGCCACACUGUCUUCAUAUCCUCCAAGGAGCUAAGUGCUGACAAGGCAGUGAGUGGUGGGUCUGCCUGUACUGAAGCUACUGGUCCAUACUGUGCCUACACUAACAUCAGCGAUGAGAGAGUGCAGCUAAUGGAGAACCCUGUAGGACAUGACAUACAAUAAGAAACUCUAUGACUAGUGUGUGUAGUAUAGUACGGUUGUUAUGAUACAUACCCCAAGUGGAGUAUAUUGCCAUAUAAACGUUGCAUUAGAACUGA